AUGGAUCAAAUCAAUAUUGAUGGAUUCAAUUUACAAGAAAUUGGUAAUCUAUGGGAUGAUUUCGAUCCAGAUUUCAAUUUACCAUUAAUAAUAGGACUCUCCACUGGAUUGGGUGUAUUAUUCCUAGGGUUAUUAAUACUAUCUAUAUAUUUCUCGUUCUUUAAUAAUGGGAAUUCAAUAUUUUUAGGUUCAAAUUUUAAUAUCCCUGGUGAAUUUGAUGAUGAAGAAUCAAGACUACAUGAUGAAGCUGAAUAUUUACCUAAUCUAAAUGAAAGAGAAAGAGAAUUAUAUCAAUUGGGUGAAAAUUUCACUAAGAAUUAUCCUCCACAAGCUAAUCCAAUUGGAUCUACUUUAAAUCAAGAAGAUCGUGAUUAUAUAUUGGAUCGUGGUAUUCAAGCUUAUGCUUUUGAAUCAGAACAUCUCUUGGAAGAAAAUAUUGAUUCUGUAUUGAUUGAAGAUAAACUAGAUGUUCGUUUCACUUCAAUUGAAGAAAAUUCUGCAAUUUUAAAUUAUCCAUUACCAAUUCAUGAAAAUGAUACAGUUUAUUUUGAAGUUAAAUUAUUUGAAUUCUCACCUGAUGCUCAUGUAUCAAUUGGGUUAGCUACAAAACCAUACCCAGGUUUUAGAUUACCAGGUUAUAAUAAAUAUUCUAUAGCAUAUGAAUCAAAUGGUACAGUUCGUAUAAAUCAACCAUUUUAUUCUCCACAAGUUUGGAAUAAAUUAAUUGAAGGUGAUGUUAUUGGUGUUGGAUUUAAACCAAGAUCAGGUACAAUUUUCUUCACUCAUAAUGGUAAAAAAUUAUUAGAAGCUACACAUAAUGUUAAAUUUGAUCUUUUCCCAAUAAUUGGUGUUAAAGGUGGCCCAGCAAGAUUAAAUGUUAAUUUAGGUCAAUUGGGGUUUGUAUUUAUUGAGGCAAAUGUUAAAAAAUGGGGGUUUGGUAGUGUUUAUGGUACUAUUGGUAUUCCACCAGCUUAUGGUAAAGAAAUUGUUAAUGAUACUGUAUUAGAUAAAGGUGAAGAAUUACCACCAAAUUAUCCUUCCGAGGAGGAAACUUUUUUUGGUCCUUCUGCAUUAUUAACAAAUCAAAGAAAUUAUGGUGCAAUCCCAACACCAUCAUCUCAACAAGGAAAUAAUAAUAAACCAAAUAAAAUUAUAAGUUCACCACCAAGUUAUAAUGGUGAAUUAGAUGAACCAAAACCUGAAGUUGAAAAUGAAACUCCUGAAGUAAGUUCAGGUGUUGAUAAUAUAAGAGAACGAUUAUAUGAAAGAAGAUCUUCAACUUUUGAUCAACAAAAUAAUCAAUAUGAUGCUUUAGCUAUAACAAAAUCAAAUCCAGAUACCCCAAAUACCUCAAAUAUUUCAAAACAACAACAACAAGGUGAAGUUGAAGAACCAGUUAAAGUGGUCAUAACAGAAUCUGAUUCCAAAACAUCAGAAGAAGUCACUAAAGCUGUAGAACCACAAGAAUCAGAAUCAAAACAAUCAUCACCAGAACCUGAAUCUUCAGAUGCAAAUGAAGGUGAUAAUGAAAGAGAUACAUCACAAGAACAAACUCCAGAACCUACACAACCUUCAUCAUCAAUUCAAAAUACCCCAUCAUCAUCAAGUUCAAGAAAGAGUACACCAGGGAAAAAGAAGAAACCAAAGAAGAAGGGUAAAAGAAAAGGUAAAAGAAAUUGGUGA